CUCUUGUUUUAUAGCAAAAGCAGCAGCUGAUGCUAAUGCUGCUGCUUGGGCAGCAUAUUAUGCACAGUAUUAUGGUCAGGCACAGCCACCCCAACAACAACCACCUCAACAGCAACCUCCUCCACCACAACAGCCUGUUCAACCUCCAAAUCAAACAGCUGCACCUGCUGCUACUGUUGUAACAACAGCUACAACUGUUACUGCACCACAGCCAGACUAUAGUGCUGCAUGGGCAGAGUAUUAUCGAUCUUUAGGAAUGUUUAGAGAAGCAGAAAUGAUUGAACAGCAAGCUAGAGCUAACCAACAAGCAGCACAACAUCCUCAACAAUAUCAACCUCCACAACAGUACCAACCUCCUCAACAAGGUGCCUCACCAGUACCACCAACUACUCAACAACCAGCAGUACUUCCUGUACAAGGACAACCACCUCAACAACCUCAAGUAGUUCCAGCACCACAACCAACACCAGCUCCUGCUCCGCCUGCUCCUGCAGCACCUGCACCCACUCCCGCUCCGGCACCUGCUCCUCCUGCUCCUGCUCCAGCACCUGCGCCAACACCGGCACCAGCACAGAACCAACAGUUUCCUCCUGGAGCAGCUCCACCUGCACCAGCGCAAUGGCCUCACGGAUCUUAUUCUCCACAACAACAGAAUCCAUACGGUCAGCAGCAAAAUCCCUACCCUGGAUAUGGUUAUGCUGCUUAUGGAGCACAACAGUACCCUGGAACUUCUCAGUAAAGAAUACCAUCAGUAUGCUGCUGCUCUCACAUGAUUGCAAUUUGCCUUCUCAAGUUUGAUUUGACAUCAUCUUACAGAGGUUACCAGAAAUUAUUACAUGUGAAAUGUCGGUUAAGUCAGCAUUGUAUAUCAACAUAAAAAAUUUUGUCAUAGAAUAUGUGAACUGAGAAUGGAUAUUAAUGUCAAAUUGACAUGAUCUAGAUGGCUAGUACAUCAGUACAAUAAUACAUUUUAGUGUUGGAUGCCAUAUGUCUAUUGUAUAUUGCUAGUUGUUUAUAGUUUUAACAAAUUCAGCUGAAUAUUCCUCAUGUGACAGUGUCAUAUGCUUUGUAUAUAUUUGGAUUUUUAUUUGUAUUGUAACCCAAAUUUAGAUUGAAUUUUUUUUUCCCCUUUCUAUUUGGUAAACUAAAGGUAUUUGUUUUGGAUAUGUUUUGUUUAUUUUUUUAUUUUUAUCUAAUUGCCUCAGUUUUAGGCUGGUUGGAGAUCGUCUCGAGUGCCAGAUCACCAGUACCAUGGCAUAUUUCACCGUGGGAUAAUGAGUUGAGUAAAAAUAAUUGAUUGCUGUUAGUAUAAUUCAACUGAUAUUAUUACAUAUAUCUAUUCAUUGUCACAUGAGUGUUUAGAUUUCAGCUUUUCAUUUAAAUAAAUGAAGGAGAUAUGCCUCAUCAACAGAGGUAAGAAUAAUGAAAAUCACAUUGUCAUGUUUCAGUUUGAAAUGUCUGUAAGCGAUGUUUGUCAUUUUACCAAUAAUGUUUUAUCUGAUAUUGUUUUUUUGUAUUGAUAUUUGUAAAAUUCAAUAAAUUCUUCCAAGCUUUACAGCUUGAUAUUUGGUAAGAGUAUACAAGUCUUAGCUCUAAAGUGAAUUGGCAUUAUUGUGGUGAGUACAUUACCAUUUUCACUGUAAAGACAUUUUGAUUUUUUUUAAAGAGGAAUGAUAAAUAUAAAAAUGCCUAAUAAUAAGAAUGUAUUUAUCAAAAGUUAUUAAAAAAUGUACAAAAAAUGAUUUUACAGGUACAAUAUUAGAAAUAAGAUUUUUCAAAUAAUGAUUUUAAGUUAUUGUUGUAGUUAAAAAAGAAUUUCAAUGCAUUGAUUUACUAUUCAUAAAUAAUUCAUUCAUUUAUGUUUAUGCAUUGUUUUCAUAAUGUUACCAUUUGAUUAAUUUUAACUUUAUUUACUAUUUUCAUCAUGAUUAUGCCAUGUCUAUCUGAAAACAGAAUAGAUUGAAGAAAUAAAGUUGAGAGUAAGAUCUUUCAAAUUUAAAAUCACAUUAUUUUCAUAUGUAGUGCAUUGUUUAGUAUAUAAGUAGGAAUAGAUUGAAUGUAGAACAUUCCUCAUUUAUAUUAAAAUGUGCUGUUUUGGCAGCACCUACACCAUAUCAUUGUGUUAUUCAAUCUUUAUUUUCAGUUCAUAUUACAGUUUUUUCUUAAUGAAUAUAAAUUUACAUUCCAUUUAU